AAGCUGCACAUUGAAAUUCUGCAAAUAACUCCUGCCUCCCAAGCAUUUCUCAUACAGACGUGCUAAGUCACGCCUGGGUUUCAUCGGAAAAUUUAAAGCCCAGUUAGGAUCAACUGUUGGCAUAGGACACAAUAGAAGCCGGGGGAAAGGAAGCUAGCCCAAAGGGGGAGAAGGAAGCAUGAAAGCCCCACGAGCUUUAGAUGUAUUGUUGAGUUCAGGGCUCUUUGUUAUUCUGAUUCUACCUACAGCUACGAAUGCAGUGGACAAAUGUGGGAGGAAUGAAUUCCAGUGCCUGGAUGGAAAGUGCAUCUCCUAUAAGUGGGUCUGCGAUGGUACUGCCGAGUGUAAGGACGGAUCGGACGAAACCCUGGAGACCUGCUCAUCUGUGACCUGCAAACAAGGAGAGUUCAGUUGCGGUGGCCGCAUUAAUCGCUGCAUUCCCUCCACCUGGAAAUGUGACUCCCAUAAUGACUGUGAAAAUGGUUCAGAUGAACAAGAUUGCCCCCCUAAGACUUGUGCCCACGACCAGUUCCGAUGCCAUGAUGGAAAGUGCAUCUCCCAAGAAUUUGUCUGCGACACGGACCGGGACUGUGAGGAUGGGAGCGAUGAGCUGAAUUGUCCAGACCCCACCUGCAAUCCGGCCACGUUCCAGUGCAACAACACUGUCUGUAUCCCCAAGCUAUGGGCCUGUGAUGGUGACCAGGACUGUGAGGAUGGCUCCGAUGAAUGGCCUGACAACUGUGGGGGACACAGCUUGGUCAAGGAGUCCAAGCCUUGCUCCUCUCUGGAGUUCCACUGUGGCAGUGGAGAGUGUAUCCACAUGAGCUGGAAGUGUGAUGGCGGUUUUGACUGCAAGGACAAGUCUGAUGAAGAAGGAUGUGUCAAAGCCACUUGCCGCCCAGAUGAGUUCCAGUGCAAUGAUGGGGAGUGUGUCCACGGGAGCCGACAGUGCAACAAGGAAUAUGACUGCAAGGACAUGAGUGAUGAGAUGGGCUGUGUCAACGUAACACUGUGUGAGGGCCCAGACAAAUUUAAAUGUCACAGUGGAGAGUGUAUCUCUUUUGACAAAGUGUGUAAUGGACCCAGAGACUGCCGGGACUGGUCUGACGAGCCCAUCAAGGAGUGUGGAACCAAUGAGUGUCUGGACAACAAAGGUGGAUGCUCACAUAUAUGUAAUGACCUCAAGAUAGGCUAUGAAUGCCUGUGCCCCGAAGGCUUCCGGCUGGUUGACCAGAAAAGAUGUGAAGAUAUUGAUGAAUGUCAGAACCCAGACAUCUGCAGCCAAUCCUGUGUGAAUCUCCAGGGAAGUUACAAGUGUGAAUGCAAUGAAGGCUACCAAACCGAUCCGAUCACAAAGACCUGCAAGGCCAUUGGCACUAUUGCCUAUCUCUUUUUCACCAACCGCCACGAAGUGAGGAAGAUGACUCUGGACCGAAGUGAAUACAUUAGCCUCAUUCCAAACCUGAAGAAUGUCGUAGCCUUGGACAUGGAGGUUGCCAGCAAUAAGAUCUACUGGUCUGACCUCUCACAGAAGAAGAUCUAUAGCUCUGAAAUUGACAGUGCCCACAGUUUUUCCACUCAUGACACCGUGAUCAGUGGGGAUAUCCAGGCUCCAGAUGGCAUUGCAGUUGACUGGAUCCAUGGGAAUCUCUACUGGACAGACUCUGUCCUUGGUACCAUUUCUGUAGCCAAUACUAAGGGCUCCAAGAGGAAGACACUUUUCAAGCAGGAAGGCGCAAAACCGCGGGCCAUUGUGGUAGACCCAGUUCAUGGCUUCAUGUAUUGGACAGACUGGGGAACCCCUGCCAAAAUUGAGAAAAGUGGUCUGAAUGGAGUUGACAGCUUCCCCCUGGUGACAGAAAACAUACAGUGGCCCAACGGAAUUACUCUUGAUCUUUCCAGUGAACGGCUCUAUUGGGUUGACUCCAAACUCCACUCCAUCUCCAGCGUGGAUGUCAAUGGUGGAAAUAGGAGGAUUGUAUUAGAGGAUAAAAACAAACUUGCACACCCAUUCUCCUUGGCAAUCUUUGAGGAUAAAGUGUUCUGGACAGAUAUUAUGAAUGAAGCCAUUUUCAGUGCUAAUCGCCUCACGGGAUCCGAUAUCAUUUUGGUGGCGGAAGAUCUGUUGUCUCCUGAGGACAUUGUUCUCUAUCACAACCUCACCCAGCCUACAGGAGUGAACUGGUGUGAGAGGACUUCUCUCCCCAAUGGGGGCUGCCAGUAUCUGUGCCUUCCAGCUCCCCAGAUCAACUCUCACUCCCCCAAAUUCACCUGUGCCUGUCCUGACGGCAUGUCCCUGGCUGCAGACAUGAGAAAGUGUACCAAAGAAGUGACUGUACCUGCUACUUCUACCACAGCAAAGGCGCCUCAUUCUAAAUUGACCACUCUUGCCCGGUUAGUAACACCUGUAACAACUCGGAAGCCGACCACCAAAAACGGCACUCCUGAUCUCACAACAGCAGAAAUGGUUACAAUGUCCCAAAAAGCAGUUCAAAAUCCAAUGGGCAUGCAAGACACUCCAGAACAUCAAGGUGGAUCCAAAGCUCUAUACAUUGUUUUACCAUUAGUUCUGAUCUCUUUGAUUUGCUUUGGUGCAUACGUGGUUUGGAAGAAAUGGCGACUCAGGAACAUCAAUAGUAUAAAUUUUGAUAAUCCUGUCUAUCAAAAGACCACAGAGGAUGAAGUUCACAUCUGUAGAAGUCAAGAUGGCUACACGUACCCCUCGAGACAGAUGGUGAGCCUGGAAGACGAUAUUGCAUGAACAGUUGCCACAAGAAGUGCCUCUUACCAAAAGUUGCUGCUUAUUUAUGGAAGGAAAAUGCCUUUUCUUUCCUUGUUCCUUUAUGAACUGCUCACCUCCCAGGGCAGCCACUGCUGCUACUUCCCAAGGGACCUGACUGAUAUCCUCCUACCUAAAGAAAGAAGAGAAAGCAAAAAACAAACAAAAAGUAACAAAACCAUUACUCCCAGUCACCCUCAGAGGAAUGGCCUCUGUUGGUGGUGUCUGGGCUAAGCUGACUGUCUGCUUGAGGUUUUGUUUUAUAUAUUUAUUCAUCUUGGAGGCAAGGCAGGCAAGCUUCUAUUGGGAUCCCUUGAUCCCAUCAAAUGGGUUUUGUUGGUAAUUUCCCUUACGUGUGAAGGAGAAGAGAGACAGGAAACACAAUGGAGGCAAUUCUCUGGAUGUAAGGCUGCAAUAUUUCUCUGGUGGGAUUUGGAUGCUUCCUCUAUACAGUCCUGGAUAAGAGAUGAAGAAUUCAGAGACUUGGGGACUGAACUAAAAGCACAGUGGCUUCCAGCUAGAAGCAGGUGCUACUCCUGGUCAGGUGCUGCACCCCAACCCUCCCCCAGUCCCUUUAUCUCAGGAGUGAAAGUGUUUACUUCUACCUUGGAGUUCUUGGUAGACAACCUGUCCUGACACCCACCCUCCCCUAAUCCCAAACUUCCAAGCACAUCAGUGCUCUUCUUUUAAAGCCAUUAAAUUGCCUCAGAGGUGACUUAUAAACAAACAUGGGGUUGCCUUGGGCUAAAACAAGCCUAACCUCU